UGUUUCCUAUUUCCAGGGGAACCUUUUUGUGGAGAAAGUGCAAAACUGUCAUGCUUUCUGCAGAAUCACCAUAUUGAGUGAACCUCUGGGCGGUUUUGGUGCUGUGUUUAGAGCAGUUAUGGCUCGACUUUGGUUAGAUUUGUGUCCUCUGUUUUUCUUAUUUAAUUGCAUAUUCUGUCUGGAUGUAAGUCAAAUCAAAGUUCCUGAAAAUGGAGUUUCUGGGGUGUUCUUAGUCAAAACCGAGACCAAUAUCUACAGUUUUAAUGCCACCACAGCCACAGAGGCAUGUAAGGCUAUACACAUGAGAAUUGCAACAAAGGCUGAAGUGGAGACAGCCAAUAAAAAUGGCUUUCAGACAUGCAGGUUUGGUUGGGUUGAAGAGCAAAUUGCAGUUAUUCCUCGAACUGAGAAAAGUGAAAAAUGUGGUAAAAACAGCUUAGGUAUCUCUGUCUGGAGAGCUGACAUCAGCAAAAUGUUUGACGUUUACUGCUUUAAGUCAGAAGGCCCUGAUGCACAGUUUGAAACCACAACAUCAGGAAGACCUGAAACUACAACAGAAGGGGGAGGAACACAAUUAAACAACUAUUCUAUUAAAACAACCCAUCCAUCAUCCAUACAGCCAACCACGUCUCCAGCCACAUCUCUUCAUCCCUACACAUCCACCCCAUCCAUUUCCUUUGCUGUCAACACUUCCUCCACAACACUAAUCACACCCAGUCUUUCUAGCCUCAGUGGCAGUUCACAGGCAACACCAAGUCCUCAGUCUCUCUCAUCUCUCAGAACCUUGACCAAAUCCUCGACCUCAUACCCCUCAUUAACCUCUCAUUCGUCCACUCAUUCUAUUCUUCAGCUUACCUCAACUAAAACACACCAGCCUUUGCUGUCCCCGACCCCUGCACCUAACAGACCUUCCAUUACAGCACUUGUUAUCCUUUCUGUUAUUCUACUGCUCUUGGUGGCAGCAUUAGGUGCCGGUUGUUAUCUCAAAAUCAAAAGAGGACAACGGUUUCCAUCCUGGACCAGAAUGAGGCCAAAACAGAUAAUUGAAACUGAGAUGUGGAGACAAAACCUCAUCCUUCAAAUUGAACAAGACCCAGACUUACCCUAAGAACUGAGAGAGAGCACAAAGAGUCAAUUAACAAGACUGUAAAAACACAUAAAACUUCAUACAUACAUGUUUAGUUUGCUGCUCUUUUCAUCAACUUUGACUAUUCAUUUAUUUCCUAUGUAAAUAAUGUGCUACUGAGGUAAAUACAAAUUGCCUGCAUUUGUUUUAUUUGAUUGUUUUACAGCAAUCCAAUUGUACAGUCUGUUUCAUGUUUCAGAAAAAACAGUCAUGUUUCAGUUUUAUUUUUUUUAAUGACCAUUUGUUUUUGUACCCUAAAGCAUGGAUUUAAAGCAUUUAAUUAACUUAUGGAUGAAAGAUAGCUUUGUUAAACAGAACACAUAACAAAACAAGGUGAAGAGACAAAACAUUUACAACAAUAGCCAGGAGGUAUAUUAAAACAAACAAUAACAACAAAAAAGAAGAGAAAUAAAUAAACAGUUUAAAUAAAUACUUCAAAUUGUUUACAUAUUUCAAUACUUAACAGCUUUCUUGUUUCUCAAAUUGGAAAUUGUGCUUAGGUAUUGCUGAACCUCUGAAUUAAAAAUAAUGGUUUAUAACCACCAUACUUACAUUUUUGAAUAUGAAACUUUGUCAACAAUAGCAGCAAAUUAAUCAAAUAAUAUUCUUUAUGAAAAUAAAAAGAAUGCAUAAAACAUUUUCAAAAUAAAGUU